UUAGUUUUGCUUAUAUACAAGACUAGAGGGAGUAGUAUUCUAUAUCUCAAACUUAUAUAGAUCCGUGAAAAAUUCCUGAAUCAUCAUCAUCUACCAAACAUUGAUUAAUGGCACCACCACCCACACUUAUCAUGAUUCUAUCAACCUUGCAAAUUCUGUUCAUUAUUCUCUCAGUCCUCCCAACACUCUCAUGUUCACAAGCUGAAGCAACUGAAUCACAAGCUUUGUUAAAAUGGAAAAAUAGCUUUGAUAACCAAAGUCAAACAGUCUUAUCAACUUGGAAAAAUACCACAAAUCCAUGCAAUUGGCAAGGAAUUACUUGUGAUAAAAAAUCCAAAUCAAUUUCUACCAUAAACCUUGAAAAUUUAGGACUAAAAGGUACACUCCACUCUCUCACUUUUUCUUCAUUACCAAACCUUAACACCUUAAAUAUCUAUAAUAACCAAUUUUAUGGAACCAUUCCCCCACAAAUUGGUAACAUGUCAAAAAUAAAUGUUUUGAACUUUUCUGAAAAUCCUUUUGUUGGUUCCAUCCCCCAAGAAAUGUGGAAAUUGAAGAGUUUAAAAGGCCUUGAUUUUUAUAAAUGUAAACUAAGUGGAUCAAUUCCUAGUUCCAUAGGAAAUUUAUCCAACCUAUCAUAUCUAGAUUUAAGUAAAAACAAUUGGUCUGGUCCUAUUCCUCCUGAGAUUGGAAAAUUGAACAAAUUAGAGUUCCUUCAAAUUCUAAGAGGUAACCUAAUUGGUUCCAUUCCACAAGAAAUCGGUUUGUUGACAAAACUUACUCAUCUUGAUUUGUCAACAAACUCUCUAUCUGGUGUUAUCCCUGAAACAAUAGGCAACAUGAGAAACCUAAAUGGACUUCACCUUAAUGAUAACAAAGAGAUAUCUGGGUCAAUUCCACACUCCUUGUGGAACAUGUCUAGCUUGACCGAUAUCUACCUCUAUAACAUGAAUCUUUCUGGUUCAAUCCCUGAUUCUAUACAAAACUUGGUUAGUUUGUAUUUCCUUUCACUUGAUUUCAAUCAACUUUCUGGAUCCAUUCCUUCCACAAUUGGAAACAUGAAAAACCUCACUGAUUUGUAUUUGGGAAUGAAUCGUCUUUCUGGAUCAAUUCCAGCUUCUAUAGGAAAUUUGAUCAAUUUGCAAACCUUUAGUGUCCAAAAAAACAAUCUCUCUGGUACUAUUCCUGCUACAAUUGGGAAUUUGAAACUGCUCACUGUCUUUGAAGUAGCUACCAAUAAACUUCAUGGUAGAAUUCCAGAUGGACUUUAUAACAUUACUGAUUGGUAUUCCUUUGUUGUGUCUGAGAAUGAUUUUGUUGGGCAUUUGCCGCCGAAAAUAUGUUCUGGUGGAAAAUUAUAUAACUUUAAUGCUGAUCAAAACCGUUUCACCGGUCCGGUACCAACAAGUUUGAAAGACUGCCCUACCGUUGAAAGAAUCAGAAUUGACGGAAAUUCGAUAGAAGGUGAUAUAGCACGAGAUUUUGGUGUGUAUCCGUUAUUGAAAUACAUUGAUAUGAGUGACAAUAAACUUCAUGGACACAUUUCACCAAACUGGGGGAAGUCUCUUGAUCUUGAUACUUUCAAGAUAUCCAACAAUAAUGUUUCGGGUGGUAUACCGUUGGAGCUUAUUGGUUUACCCAAGCUAGGUAGGCUUCAUCUUUCUUCAAAUCAAUUGACCGGGAAACUUCCAAAGGAAUUAGGGGACAUGAAAUCAUUAGUAGAACUCAAGAUAAGUAACAAUCAUUUCACAGAUAGCAUCCCAGUAGAAAUUGGAUUACUUCAAAGACUUGAAGAGUUGGAUAUCGGAGGAAAUGAGUUGAGUGGCACAAUACCGGAAGAAGUUGUGAAGCUACCAAGGUUACGAAACUUGAAUUUGAGCAGGAACAAAAUUGAAGGAAGUAUUCCUUCUCAGUUUCGUUCAGCUCUUGAGUCACUUGAUCUUAGUGGCAAUUUUUUGAAUGGGAAAAUACCAACAGCUCUUGAAAACUUGGGGAUGUUAUCCAUGUUGAAUCUCUCACACAAUAUGCUUUCAGGAACCAUUCCUCAAAAUUUUGGAAGGAAUUUGGUUUUUGUUAAUAUAUCAGACAACAAGUUAGAAGGUCCACUUCCGAAAAUUCCGGCUUUUAUGAAUGCUUCAUCUGAAUCAUUCAAAAAUAACAAAGACUUAUGCGGAAAUAUCAAAGGUUUGGAUUCUUGUCCCACAAGCCAUAGCAAAAAUGUCCUCCAAAUCAUAUUCAUUGCACUAGGAGCUCUUAUAUUAGUGUUGUCUGGUGUUGGAAUUUCGAUGUAUAUUUUGUGUCGAAGACAAAAACCAAAUGAAGAAAGCCAAAUUGAAGAAGCACAAAGGGGAGUACUAUUUUCCGUCUGGAGUUAUGAUGGGAAAAUGAUGUUUGAAAAUAUCAUUGAAGCAACUGAGAAUUUUGAUGACAAAUAUCUCAUUGGAGUAGGAAGUCAAGGAAAUGUUUACAAGGCAGAAUUGUCUCCAGAUAUGGUGGUUGCGGUGAAGAAACUUCAUUUAGUAUCAGAUGAAGAUAUGUCAACUUUCAGUUCAAAGUCUUUUAUGAGUGAGAUUGAAACGUUAACAGGAAUCAAACACAGGAACAUCAUAAAGCUUUAUGGAUUUUGCUCACAUUCUAAGUUUUCAUUUUUAGUUUACAAGUUCUUGGAAGGCGGAAGCUUAGAUCGUAUACUAAACAAUGACACAUACGCCUCCGCAUUUGAUUGGGAAAAGAGGGUGAAUGUUGUUAAAGGUGUGGCCAAUGGUUUGUCCUAUUUGCAUCAUGAUUGUUCACCUCCUAUUAUUCAUCGUGAUAUAUCGAGCAAAAAUGUUCUUCUUAAUCUUGACUAUGAAGCUCAUGUCUCCGACUUUGGGACCGCUAAGUUUCUAAAGCCUGGUUUACUCAGUUGGACCCAAUUUGCAGGCACUUUUGGCUAUGCAGCUCCAGAGUUGGCACAAACAAUGGAAGUGAAUGAGAAAUGUGAUGUAUACAGCUUUGGAGUACUUGCUCUGGAAAUCAUAAUGGGAAAACAUCCUGGAGAUCUCAUUUCAUUAUUUUUGUCAUCAUCUACAAGGCCAAUGGCAAAUGAUAUGUUGUUGAUAGAUAUUUUAGAUCAACGACCUCAACAAGUUAUGAAACCAAUUGAUGAGGAGGUGAUGUUGAUUACCAGUUUGGCAUUUGCUUGCUUGAGUCAAAAUCCGCGUUCUCGUCCAACCAUGGAACAAGUAUCUAAGAUGCUUGCAGCAGGAAAAUCACCUUUUAAGAACCAACUUUCCAUGAUUAGACUAGGACAACUUCAAUAACAUCCCUUUCCUUUUAUUGUUGUUGAUAGAGUCGUUAUCCUUUUCUUGUUACUUUUGUUGUAUAUAAAGUUGAUAUAAUAUAACUAAUAGAUCAAUAUCAUCAAGUCGGUUGUACUAGCCGUUACCUGCAUAAAGGAACUACAACUAUCAUUCCUCGUUCAUAGGAGUUUCUAAUUCAUUCUUAAUUGAAUAGGAGCCUCUUUUACUAUAUACUCCAAAUGUCCUUGUUUAUAAAAGUUGGUAGUGUAAAAAUCAUUUAUGUUCCAAGGCAAAUUAAUAGUAAUAAUAAGGGUAUAUUUCGAAAAA